AGGGCGGGCUGAGCGCAUGGAGCGGCGCGGGCCGGGGGCCGCCACGGCGAGGGGCCGGGCCAGGCCGGGCGGAGAUUUCACAGGGACACACACGGAACAUGUGACUUGGUCUGAGACCGUGGUGAUUACGGAUAGGAUGGACACAGACUCACCACCAAGUUCUGGCAAGCUAGAACCAGAGGGCAUCCCUUGAUGCUUAAGUGUGGAAACAGGAGAAGUGAAGGAAUCUUAACUUCCAGAGCCAGAGCAGCUGAGUUCCAGAUAAAAACCGUCAGACCCGGCCUGUAGGCUGCUCCAUUGCCAAUGAACUCCAUGAACCCCAUGAAACCUGCCCUGCCCCCCGCGCCACACGGUGAUGGUUCAUUCGCGUAUGAGUCUGUGCCUUGGCAACAAAGCGCCACUCAGCCGGCUGGAUCGCUGUCCGUGGUCACUACUGUGUGGGGAGUUGGCAACGCGACACAGAGCCAGGUUUUGGGGAACCCCAUGGGCCCUGCAGGGAGUCCCUCUGGCAGCUCCAUGAUGCCUGGUGUGGCAGGGGGCAGCUCCGCCUUGACCUCCCCACAGUGCCUGGGACAGCAGGCGUUUGCUGAAGGCGGCGCCAACAAGGGCUACGUGCAGCAAGGCGUGUACAGCCGCGGGGGUUACCCUGGGGCCCCCGGCUUCACCACCGGGUAUGCAGGCGGCCCGGGGGGCCUGGGCCUCCCCUCACAUGCUGCAAGACCCUCCACUGACUUCACGCAAGCGGCAGCUGCUGCGGCUGUGGCUGCUGCGGCAGCCACUGCCACCGCCACAGCCACAGCCACCGUGGCUGCUCUCCAGGAGAAGCAGAGCCAGGAGCUGAGCCAGUAUGGAGCGAUGGGGGCCGGACAGUCUUUUAACAGCCAGUUUCUGCAGCAUGGAGGUCCCCGGGGGCCUAGUGUCCCCGCUGGCAUGAACCCUACUGGCAUAGGAGGGGUGAUGGGCCCCUCUGGCCUCUCCCCCUUGGCUAUGAACCCCACCCGGGCAGCAGGAAUGACAACCUUGUAUGCAGGGCAGCGUCUGCCCCAACAUGGGUAUCCUGGGCCUCCCCAGGCCCAGCCACUGCCCCGACAGGGGGUCAAGAGAACCUACUCUGAGGUGUAUCCAGGGCAGCAGUAUCUGCAAGGAGGCCAGUACGCACCCAGCACCGCCCAGUUUGCGCCCAGCCCUGGGCAGCCCCCUGCCCCCUCCCCUUCCUACCCUGGGCACAGGCUGCCCCUGCAGCAGGGCAUGACCCAGUCCCUGUCCGUGCCUGGCCCCACGGGACUGCAUUAUAAGCCCACAGAGCAGUUCAACGGGCAGGGCGCCAGCUUCAACGGGGGCAGCGUCAGCUACAGCCAACCUGGCCUGAGUGGGCCUACCCGUUCCAUCCCGGGCUAUCCCAGUUCCCCACUGCCAGGGAACCCCACGCCACCCAUGACCCCAAGCAGCAGCAUCCCUUACAUGUCACCAAACCAAGAGGUCAAGUCUCCCUUCUUGCCUGAUCUCAAGCCCAACCUCAACUCCUUGCACUCAUCGCCCUCUGCUCACAGCCAGUGGCCUCUGCUCCCAGGAAGCGGGCCUUGUGACGAGUUGCGGCUGACCUUCCCUGUGCGCGAUGGGGUGGUCCUGGAGCCCUUCCGCCUGCAGCACAACCUGGCUGUAAGCAACCACGUCUUCCAGCUGCGAGACUCAGUCUACAAGACCCUGAUAAUGAGGCCUGACCUGGAGCUGCAAUUCAAGUGCUACCACCACGAGGACCGGCAGAUGAACACCAACUGGCCAGCCUCGGUGCAGGUCAGCGUCAAUGCCACGCCGCUCACCAUCGAGCGUGGCGACAACAAGACCUCGCACAAGCCACUCUACCUGAAGCAUGUGUGCCAGCCAGGCCGCAACACCAUCCAGAUCACCGUCACCGCCUGCUGCUGCUCCCACCUCUUCGUGCUGCAGCUAGUGCACCGCCCAUCCGUCCGCUCGGUGCUGCAGGGCCUCCUCAAAAAGCGCCUCCUGCCUGCUGAGCACUGCAUCACCAAGAUAAAGCGGAACUUCAGCAGCGGCACCAUCCCUGGCACCCCUGGGCCCAACGGAGAGGACGGGGUGGAGCAGACAGCUAUCAAGGUGUCCCUGAAGUGCCCCAUCACCUUCCGCAGGAUCCAGCUCCCUGCCCGAGGUCAUGACUGUCGCCACAUACAGUGCUUUGACCUGGAGUCGUAUCUGCAGCUCAACUGUGAGCGGGGGACUUGGAGGUGUCCUGUGUGCAACAAGACAGCUUUGCUGGAGGGCCUGGAGGUGGACCAGUACAUGCUGGGCAUCCUGAUUUACAUUCAGAACUCUGACUAUGAGGAGAUCACCAUCGACCCCACGUGCAGCUGGAAGCCAGUGCCCGUGAAGCCUGACAUGCACAUCAAGGAGGAGCCGGAUGGGCCGGCACUGAAGCGCUGCCGCACCGUGAGCCCCGCCCACGUGCUCAUGCCCAGCGUGAUGGAGAUGAUCGCCGCCCUGGGCCCCGGCGCUGCCCCUUUUGCCCCCCUGCAGCCCCCCUCAGUCCCUGCCCCCAGCGACUACCCUGGCCAGGGUUCCAGCUUCCUGGGGCCUGGAACUUUCCCUGAGUCCUUCCCACCCACCACGCCCAGCACCCCAACCCUUGCUGAGUUCACCCCGGGGCCACCCCCCAUCUCCUACCAGUCUGACAUUCCCAGCAGCCUCCUGACUUCAGAGAAGUCUACCGCCUGCCUCCCAGGCCAGAUGGCACCAGCAGGUCACCUGGACCCCACUCACAAUCCUGGGACACCAGGACUACACACCUCCAACGUUGGGGCCCCUCCAGGUCCCCAGCUGCACCAUUCAAACCCUCCCCCAGCGUCCCGGCAGUCCUUGGGCCAAGCGAGCUUAGGACCUACGGGUGAACUGGCCUUCAGUCCUGCCACAGGCGUGAUGGGGCCCCCCAGCAUGUCUGGAGCCGGGGAGGCCCCAGAACCAGCUCUGGACCUGCUCCCGGAACUGACCAACCCUGAUGAGCUACUGUCCUACUUGGGCCCACCCGACCUCCCUACGAACAACAAUGACGACCUGCUUUCUCUGUUUGAGAACAACUGAUCCUGUGUUUACCCCAAGCCCGGCGGGGACACGCUCACAGAUGUCACCACAGCCCUGCCCUUCAUGCCCAGCCCCAUGGGACACCCGGUGGUCUUUCCCAAACCUCCCCCAAAACACACCUGGAGCCAGAGCCUUCUGCCGCCAGCCCUGCCCCUGAAUUGGAAGCAGCCCUGUGCUCGAUAGGAGGGGCUCCCAGGCCGGCAGCCCUCGCCACCUCCCUCUACCAAGCCUGCUGCUGCAGAACGGUUUUUGCUGAGGUGCCCCUGCCCAGCCCUGUCCAGCCUUGUCCACACACACAUCUCACGCCCCUGGUCUCACAGCCUCACACCUUGUCCUUCCACCCCUGCCUGCUCCCACCCAGCCUGCUUCUUGUCCAGCAUUGAUCCUUCUGUUUCAACAACUCCUCCACUGGGCAGAGCUGGGCAUCUGGCAGGGCUGGCUCUGUCCCCUGGGCCUUUGGCUCCAGUGGCCCCUGUGCCCAGCAGUCCAGCUCUUGGAACCUCGCUGAAUGGCAGCCUCUUGGGGGCCUGGAGCUCUGGCAGCCCAGCCGUGUGUGGUGUCAGGUUCCUCUCCCCACCCCAGCUUCAAGCAGAGGCCUCGGGGUGGGGGAGCUACAAAGCACAACAAUGUACAUAGUGUAGAAACACUAACAGCUGGGAGAGGGGAGCCAGCUGUCCAGCCAGCAUGUUCCUGUUGUACAGCCCGGUCUCCCUGUGCGCUCUGCUCCUUCCCAUGUGCAGACAGAUCAGGGAGGAACCUCCAAUGGGUGGGGGACAGUGAGCUUCGGCCUGGCCGAGGUGGGUGGGUGGGCUCUCAGAUUCAGCUCUGUGUAAAGAUUCUCUAGCGGGCUGCGCUCCCAAGUUCCCCUUCUCUGUGAAAGUGAAGAAUUAGUACAGCUGUGUUUUUUAAAGCCACCUCUCUGUCUCCACCCCAUGGGCCCACACCCAGGUGGGGGAGGAGGAAGCCACUGCAUCUGUUGGCUCAGGGCCCCAGCCUGUGCGAGCAGGGCGCCUGGGCUGUUGUGUCUCCUGUCUGUGCCGAUCUCUAUUAAAGGACUCCCUCUUGGUGGG